ACGUGAUCAUCAUCCCUCGACUCGACUGGAGUUUUCAGGACAACUGAGAGAGCGGCUUUGGUCAUUUGCCUGUCAAAUUAACCAAUAUUGAGCUCAAACAAAUAUAGGUUUUAUACGAUGGGAGACAAGAAGAGCCCCACAAGGCCGAAGCGGCAACCCAAGCCCUCCUCGGACGAUGGAUACUGGGACUGUAGCGUCUGUACGUUCAGGAACACCGCCGAAGCUUUCAAGUGCAUGAUGUGCGAUGUCAGAAAGGGAACGUCAACACGGAAGCCUCGCCCUGUCUCMCAACUUGUCGCCCAGCAAGUCACUCCACAGUUUGCUUCACCCACACAACCCAAAAAAGAGAAGAAGGAGAAAUCGGAGAAAGAUAAGAGUGAAAAGGAACCAACACUGAAAAAGAACAGCCACAAGAAGAUGAGGCCCAGRUUAAAAAACGUGGACCGGAGCAGUGCCCAGCACCUGGAGGUUACGGUGGGCGACCUGACGGUCAUAAUCACAGACUUUAAGGAGAAAACCAAGCCCGCCUCCACUCCUUCCAGUGCUGCCUCGGCAGACCAGCACAGCCAGAGCGGCAACACUAGUUCUGACAACACUGAAAGGGGGGUGUCACGGUCGUCCUCACCUCGGGGGGAGGGCUCGUUGGUUAACGGAGAGACUCACUAACCCUACUCCCUCCCCCAUUUCCUCCCUACUCACCCAACUUAGUCUCAUGGAACAAGACAAGUGUGUCUCUGAAUAUUGCAUACAAUUCUAGCAUGGAAGAUUACACCCAAUGCAACAACCCCAUGUCUGGUACUCCUCACCCCAACAUGCGUAAAUACCACCACCAGUUCCAAUUGGGUUGGAUACUACACUGCUUUCCUGUGAUGAGCAAGUAUAAUGACUGGGCUUUUGGUGCUGGGAGKACGCUGAGUAUCAUCAACGUAUUGGUUUCAGCCAAGAUCUGGGUUGUGUUCAGUAGACACCAAACAGAAGAAAAAUGGACUGAAGCUAGAAAGGUGGGUGAUACCUGGACCUGUCCAAUAAGAAA